UUUUGCCGUCAAUGGGGAGGGGCGGGGCCACUUACUGCAGUCGUUACGUACAGUGUAAACAGGAAGUAGCCCGUUAGGAAAGAAGAGCAGUUUGCUUAUAUUCCGACCUGAGAGUAAGCCAUGGGAAAAAGCUGCAAGGUGGUUGUUUGUGGCCAGGCUGCAGUGGGUAAAACGGCUGUACUGGAACAACUGCUGUAUGCCAACCAUGUUGCAGGUUCAGAGCCCAUGGAGACCCUGGAGGACAUCUACAUCGGCUCUAUAGAAACUGAUCGUGGCACAAGAGAGCAGGUGCGAUUCUAUGACACCCGCGGACUCAGGGAUGGGAUGGAGUUUCCUCGACAUUACUACACUUUUGCAGAUGGUUUUGUACUGGUCUACAGCAUUGACAGUAAAGAGUCCUUUAAGCGGAUGGAGGCCCUCAAGAAGGACAUUGACCGUCACAGAGACAAGAAAGAGGUGACCAUUGUUGUGCUGGGUAACAAGCUGGACAAGCAGGAUGAGAGGAGAGUGGACUCUAACAUGGUUCAGAACUGGGCAAAAAAUGAGAAGGUGCGUCUUUGGGAGGUGUCGGUGGUGGAACGCCGAACCCUGAUCGAACCCUUCGUCUACCUGGCCAGCAAAAUGACCCAGCCUCAGAGCAAGUCCACUUUCCCACUCAGUCGCAAUAAGAAUAAGGGCAGUGGUUCCACAGACAGCUGAGUUAUCAGACACUGUUGUCACGUUAAAGAGAAGGGAAGAAGAAGAAGGUUAAAGGGAUCUUAGCUUGGCUGAAAAACUAUUUUGAUAAUAUGAAGGAUAAUUAGAUUAGGAGACUGAGAUGACAAAAAGGCAGGGUGAUUGUAUAAAUAUUUAUAUACAGUGAGCGCUGUUGGUAUUUUGGUGAAACACUUUUAUCAUAAAUUUGAAAAAACCGCUGAUCUUUUAUCAGCUAAGAAUUUUAUGAAAGCAAAUUGCUUUUGUUUUUCAACCCUCUUUUACUUGGUAUAUGGUCAAACUAUUCAUCCACAUUCUUUACAAUAACAGCUGUUGACAUCAGGAUUCAUGUUUUGGACCCACACUAUUUAGUUCCUAAACUACUGACAAUCAACAUGUCAUUUAUACUUAACCAGUCAAGCUCAGAGAAUCAUGGUGCCCACUGUAUAGAUACCGUAUGAUCGAGCACACAUGUACACUGGCUACUACACAGAUGUAAUCAAAAAGGCAGCAGUUACCUAAUGUUACCUACUUAUUGAAUCACACAAAUGCUGAAUUUCACAUGUUGUAAAAGAUUUAAAGGUGAUUGAUUAUUGAUACAUGAUUGAUGUACAGUAACUGUGCUGUUUGUUGAUCUGGAGAUUUGUUACACUAUAUUUGUUAUUUGCUGAAAUUCACUGUUGGAUGCAGUUCAUUGAAUGUUUGACAUUCCUCACCACAUAUUGCCUUCUGUACAGGCUUUAGAAAUGUAAAUACAAGAUAAACAUUGUUUGAAUGAAAGGUGGUUUCUGCAGGCUCAGGUGCUAUUUCUUUUUCUGUUUGUGACACAUGAAAGACAUAGGCAAUCUAUAAAGUAAAACGUCCUAGCAUAAACAACAUGACUCAUCAUAUAAUCCGUCAGUUACUGCUAGUAUAUGUUUAUCUAAGAUGUAGAAUACAACUCCUAUUCAUUAGUAGACCAUAGAACUGUUUGUUCGGGUGCAACAUGAAAGAAUGAGCGGCUUUUAUUGUUUGUAUGACUAAAAAGAGGAAAUGUGUUAAUGUAGUAUUUUUUUCAUGUGUUUGUGCCUCAGGUCAUUAACACUAUGUAUCAAACAUGCAACUUUUUUUGUGAUUCAAGCUUUUGUGUGUGUUCACUUGAUAUUUGUUUGCAUGCUUUUGUAAACAAUAUAAAUAUUUGUUUCUGUGCCGAACCAGAAUCUGUGGUUGUAUUUAGACACAGCUGUUUUAUUACAAAAGCCCUUUCGUCAGAGUUGUGAAAUUAAAAUGUGGUUAUUAGUA